AUUGUGAUGUUUACUCAAACCGUGGUGAGCGUGCUAAGGAGAGGUGGAAAAUCACACACAGACUUUCUUUUCUUAUGCUGUACUCUUUAAUCUGUCCAGAAUAAACUCCCCAGUUGAGCAGCAGCUCCAGUGCUUCCAGGUCUUCUGUUACACAACGCAGAGCGUAGCAGUAGCCAGAGAUAGGCCGGUUACAUGUGCAAGACCCAGGUUGAGCAAUCAAAUGUCUUAAUUAUUAACAUCAUCUGGUGGAAUGAACCAGCCUUCUCGUCUGCUUCUUCCAGCACCAACAUUACUUGAGAUUCAGAUUUAACUGUUUUUAAUAGCAAUAAACUGGUUAAAACUAAGCCGAAAUACAAACAUCGUGAUGAAGAUUUGUAAAAUCAUACUAUAUCAGUUCCCUCCACAAGACAAGCAAACAACUUUUAAAAUAUUCAUUCUCUAAAUAGUUUGGGCUAUGGUGGAUGCAUACAAGUGGUAUGAACCCAAAAUAAACUAAUUCUGCUGUGAUUUACUUGCUUAAAUGGUUAAAAAGUAUGCCGGAACAGCAACAUCAUGAUACAGAUUAAAACAAUAAAAAGUAAGAAAAAUGACAUGUCCACAAAAUGACACAAAUUUUCAACUUUUAAUAAUGCUUGUUUUCUCAAUGAAGUAAAAAAAAAAAUUGCCUGAGCAUCAUGUUGCAAAACAGAAUAUAUAUGUAUAUAUAUAUUUUUUUCCUGCAUAUGAUAAGCAAUCUUCACUGUUUGUUUGCCACUUAAACAAGGUAACAUCUUGCAGUUAAGAUUGAACCACUUAUUGUUUUUUCUUCACUAGGUGCAGUUUUAGGAUGUUACCAUGUUGCUGAAGGUGAAAUACCAUAGUAUCAAGAAGUACAUCAAAUUGCACUCAGGCUUCACCUAUUCAGAAUUCAUCAGGGAAGCUAAAUAGCCAUCCUUUAAAGGCCAAACAAAAUAUGUUGCCACUUUAGCGACAAAUCACAGCACAAGAUUGAUACUUUUGGCUGUAUUUAACAGUUUAUUAAAAUGUCGUGUCAUAAUAUUUUAUUUUAAUUGCAGAGCUUUACUUUUAAUGACAGUUAGUGGAAUCAUCAACAUUAGUUAGUACAUGGCAGUAUACUUUUGCUGCAGAUUCCUUUAGUUUAACAUUUACAAGACAACGAAAUAGAGUUAAGCGGAAUGAUUUAAAACUUGCUCCAGGUGACUUUAUCUGGUUACAUUACCUCUUUUUAUAGUCAAAAACAAGUUUGGGCUUCCUGAUGGAGCUCAACUUGACAUUUUUAAUGAAACUGACAUAGCAGUAGAGGAAGACAUUCUUAUGGAGCUGUUGGAGGCCAAUCCAGACAUGUGCCUGACAGUACGUGACAGCAUUUCAGAUGAAGGUAGAUGUCAUAGGGCUCUUUGAUGCAGCUGACAUUGACCAUUCUUUAAGAAACGAACAUGGCAGUGGGCAAGGUUGGGUCAAGUUUGUUACUGAUUACUAAAAAUAUAUUUUGAAUACUUUAGGGUUACUUAAAAUGUUUAUACUAAAAUGGAUAAAGCCACCAAAGGUUAAGUUAAUCAAAUUCUCUCUUUUUGAAGAGUUUUCUCCUUUAGAUCAUUCAACACCAUCUUCCCUCAUGGAUACCAUAUCACUUUCUUCUAGUGACAGUGACCUUAGAGAACUGGGUAUUCCCACAGGCAGAAAUAGAUCCAGCAAAGAAGACACGAGCAGUUCUGCAACAAAGGCUUCCAUGUUAGAGGCAGCAAAGGGGAUUGUAGAAAAGGCCUUGCUUAAGAAGCCUGGAGGAGAGGAUAUUCUUGAAGAGUACAAGUCAGAAAAUUCACUAAUACACCGCACUCGGAGACAGCUUGUCAACAUAUGGGCGAGUGAUAUUACUGAGAGACAUGGUAGGAUUCCUUCCCGUCAGCAGAAGGAGAAGUAUGCCCUGGGAAUUAUUACUCUCUUUCCCUCACUGAAGGAUACAUUUUCUCCAAAGGGCUAUGGGCAUUUCUAUGAUGGGGAAAAGGGCACUGGAUAUUUAGCGUGGUGCCUCAAAACCAUUUCCAGGACUUCAGGAAAACGGCCAGUCAAGGAAGCCUCAGUGCAUCAAGCACAAGGACCAAAGCGCCGAAGAUCAGCAACCACACUGCCUUAGCAGCUUGAUGGAGAUGCCUGCAGGGAGACCAUUUCUUUUCUUGUUCACUCUCCUGAUUAAGCAAGUGUAUUUCAAAAGAUGAAGAUGACGUUUCAACACCGUCAGGACCUAGUGCAUGACCCACAAAGAAGCACAGAUGUCUUCAAAACAUUUCCACGCUUUUUAGAUGUCAAAGGCCUGGUGAAUCAAGACUUCCUGCUGCUCUUUGGUGCUGAAACAGCCUCCAAGAUGCUUGAGAAGUGGGACACCUCAUUCAAGCCCAAGGUCAUCAAAGAGGCCAAAAAACUGACUCAGACAAGUGAGCUGUGCCGACUUCUAAAAUCUGCUGAGAAACUCGCAGAGAAUGAUGAAACGGACUGGGACAGUGACAUCGCUUCUAUGCUGCAUCUUCUCUAUCUCUUUCCACCCACAGCUGGACGGAAGAGGACCAAAAUAGGUCCAAGUGAUGCAGUGAACAAAAUGGUGCACUUUCAUAAGACAUGCAGCAGCAUCAAUGAAUACGUGCAGGAUAUAGAGGGUAAACAACCAUACAUCCUUGCAGUUGGCCAAACCCAGAAGACGAAUGAUACUGUACCUUCUACAUCACCGUUGACAAACAGCUCAUCCUCUGCCAAGCCACCAGCUCAUUGGGUGCUUUUGAUGAACUGUUUAAAUCCCUUUGUAUGUUUCUUUUUUCUUGUAGUGAAAAAGCAUUUUCAGAACAGUGAAUAUAACACAACUGUCAUGAAUACACUGUAAAGUGUUAAUAACACUGAAUGAUCUAAAUUAACACUUUAAGAGUAAGGGAGUAACACGAUAUAAAGUUAAAAAUACACUUUAAAGUGUCAUAAAACACACUGUGAAUGUUAGGAAUUAACACCCAGUGAAAAGGAAUAACACGUUUAUUGUAAAAAAAAAUACUCUUAAAUGUGUUAAGAAAAAACACUCUGAGUGUUACAUUUUUAACACUAUUAUGGAGUUAAAAUAUUAACAUUAUCCAAAGUGUUAAUUUAACUCUGAACUGGUGUCGAUUAUAUAAACUCUGGGAAAGUGUUAAAUUUAAUACUAUGGGAGUUGAAAUAACACUGACGUUUUUGCUGUGUACUUUUGGUGCAAAAUCAGUUUUAUGUUUCUAAAAAUAUAACUUGAUGUGCAAUAUGUGACCCUGACAAAAAUAAAAAUACCAAUGGUUUGCUAACACAUUA